AACCUUCACGCGCGUAUGUAUGUCUGUGUCCUAUUUGCAGAGGAGGGCAUCAAUCACGAGUGCAAGCUGUGUAACCAGAUGUUUGAUUCACCUGCCAAGCUGCUCUGCCACCUGAUAGAACACAGCUUCGAAGGCAUGGGAGGUACCUUCAAGUGUCCCGUCUGCUUCACAGUGUUUGUACAAGCCAACAAGCUGCAGCAGCACAUCUUUGCUGUCCACGGUCAAGAGGACAAGAUCUACGACUGUUCCCAGUGUCCUCAGAAGUUCUUCUUUCAGACUGAACUGCAGAACCACACACUGAGUCAGCACGCGCAGUGAGACCCGAGGCCCGGCAGGAUCUCUCGGCUCAGUCGGGGCCCCCGACCCGGCGCCGGCGGGGGACCUACAUCUCCACAUCACAGCCAAUCAAAGUGUCAUUUGCCACUCACAUGUAAAAGUGUAACGAUCGCACCGCCGGGUGUGGCUAUUAGCAGCAGCGGGGGGGCGGGGGGGGGGGGAUAUUAAUGGGAGACGCUAUUAAAUAAAGCGGCGCCGCAGCCCGUGACGGCGAGGGGAGAGGAGUGAAACAAGGUAUUGUACGUGCAGUAUUUCAACGGUCACACGCAUUCUGUUACCAUGUGGAUUGUUAUUUUUUUAACAGAUCAAAAAAAAAAAGAAAUUGUUUUUGGACGAUGCAGAAAAUGUUCUCUUCCCUGAUAUUAUUUUCUUCUUUUCUAUUCCUACCUUUAAGUUCCCGCGUCAGUAGGUACUCGUGCCGUGUUGUGAUGGUCUGCCAGUCGUGACUUUCUUCUCAGUUCUCCUCCUUUCUGUGAUUAUUGUUAUAUAUAUUUCUUCCUUUUUUGUAAUUACUAUAAAAAAAAAAAAAGACAAAGGAACAAAUUAAAAAGCAAAAAAAAACAAAAAAAAACUGUUUUCUUUUUUCUCUUUUUUUUUUUUUUUUUUUUUUUCCAGGAUUGGGUUUUCCAGUCUUUAUGGGGCCUAUAAUGAUUAUUGUAAAAAAAAAAAAUUAAUAUCAGCAAUUUCUGCGCGUCUGGUCAAUGGCUGAUUUUUUUGGUAAUUAACCAGAUUGCAAUAAUAUAGUACUGACCAAAAAAAAAAAAAAAAGAUAAAAAUAAAUAAAUACAUGACAAACAAAGAUGCUUUUGUGUGGUGCUUAUGGAUGCAUUUGAAUACAGAGAAAAUCAGGGCCGGCCCGUGGCAUAGGCCGUAUAGGCAAAUGCUAAGGGCGCCGUCCAUCAGGGGGCGCCACACCAGUGCCACAAAUGUUGGAGGAAAAAAAAAAAAAAAAAAAAAAAAGUUGGUACUAUUAUUUCUAAAUACAUAAAAUAAUCCCACGCUAAAUAAAAUGCAAAGUAAAGCCUAUUUAAUAGAAAUAUUUUUUGUUAC